AUGUUAUUAACUAUACUCAUAUCAUUGGUUGUUGCAAUAUACAUAGAUCUUAAUCAACCAAAUACUACUGAAAUCUCAUACUAUACUACUACCAGUACAAAUUUGGUAACUCCUAUCGUGCUUACAACUUUAUUCAAUUAUAACCCCAAAACAAUCAUAUCAAUCAAUGACACAAACAGUACUAUUGUUCCUUCAGAUGAGAUUCUUCUUACACCAAAUAAUAAAUUAUCAACAAUCACUAAUCUAAAAUAUUUGGAGCUCCAAUAUUUCAAUCCAAUUUGGCAAACUUCUAUUAUUCCAUUAACUCCAUGUAUAACUCGCCAGUUUAUACUGCCAAACCAUAAACAUAUUGAUUCUGCCCCCGUAGGAGUGAUUCUUACUCAUCGUACAGCUAUUUAUCUGAGACUUAGUUUGGGAACUGGAUUUAGUUUAGGUGAAGGUAUAUUGGUCAAUACAACCACAUUAGGACUUAGUUUAGGUAGCAAAAUCACAUUCAAGUUGACCAAACAACGUAUGAUAGAUACCACGGUAGGAUGUUAUCUGUAUAAAGAUGGACUUUCAGCAAGAGUAUUUGGUUAUAUUCCAACUUUACAAGUUACACCAAGAGCUAGAAAUAUAUUGUAUAGUAGGAAGAAAAAAAGAGUUGUCAUAGAUCAUGCUUGGCAAGAGUUGAAACCUAAAAAGAUAAUGACAGAUUCAAAAGUGCGGACUUUGUGUGAUGUCGGGACUUCGGAAGAACUCCAAUGUAAUACAAAAACCGGUAAACACAUUGAUCAAUAUGGGAACUCUUUAAUCUGGAACCAUAGAUAA